GAAAAAGAAAAGAGAGAUGGUCCUAACCUUGAGGUCUCUCUAAUGGAGGCGGCCAUGGCGAUGAAGGCACGCCGUACUGUCCUCUGCCGUCUGGCGCAGUGCAAUUGCCGCUAGCGGUUUGCAGGCAGUUUGACCCACCACAGCCCUAUUUUUGCACAUUUGCAUUUACAUUUGCCUUCCGAACACCAUCAUUGCAUUGCAGUUGGACGACAAUCAUGGUGCUGUCUCUGUAGCCGUAUAUAAACAAGUAAAGGAAGUUUCCGUUUCUGAAUUCCAGAAAUUCCUCAAUUUUGAGGUCGAUUGCCAUGGCGGAAAACGCGGAAUCUGGUUUUUCGACGAAGAAAGUGGUGGUUAACAAUAACAACCCUAGGGCGGAGAUCGACACCUCGCCGCCGUUCGAGUCGGUGAAGGAGGCGGUGGAUCGGUUCGGCGGGAGUGGGCCGUGGAUUCCGCAUCACUUGCUUCGUAUUGCUGGCGUUCAUCAGCAGGACGGCGGCGGCGACGUCGAGGAGGAGGCGGAGAAAUUGGAGAGGGAUCUGACGGCGAAGGAACAGGAAACGCUGAAUGUGUUGAAGGAACUGGAAGCUACUAGAAGAUUCGUCGAAGAUUUGAAGCUCAACUUGAUGAUGCCGCCGGAGAUGGCUUCCUUCAUGGCGGUGGAGUUGAAUCAGGCGAAAUUGAACCUCAACAAAACCUCCGUCGACCUCGCCGUGAUUCAAGCCUCCGUCGAUUCUCUGAACCAGAAGCUCCGCCGCGACAAGGUUCUCCUCGAACAGACGACUAAAAUCCAGAUACAGAGUCACGAGGAUCACCUUCCGCCAUACCUGCAGCAGGCUUUCAACGGAGACGAGAAGCUGCAGCUCUGCAACGAAACGAAUCAGAGAAGCUACGAGGCGGAGCAGUUCAGGAAGAUGACGGAAGCUUCAAGGUACGAAGUGAUAAAGGCGAUGGCGGAGAUAGAACAGACGAAGAACAGCAUAAAAAUGGCGGAGAUGAGACUAACCGCCGCGAAGAAAAUGGAGGAAGCCGCGAAGGCGGUGGAAGCCAUCGCCAUUGCAGAGACGAAGCUCCAAACCAACGGCGAAAGUCCUUCACCAUCACCACCCAAUCUCCUCCACAACUCCGACGGAAUCACUCUCUCCUUCCAAGAGUACAGAGCUCUCGCGCAGAAAGCCAAACAGGCUGACAGUCUCUGCAACACCAAAUUCAUCGACACCACCGCCAACAGCGCCGCACUCCGCCGCAGCGCCGAACCACAUCCGCCGGAAGCUCCGAUCCUGGAAAAAUUCGAGCAAAACAUCACCCCCAACCCCAAAAAUCAUCCCCAGGCCCAGACGAACGAAAGCAGAUUCAAAUUCCGGAAUUCCCAUUCAUCAGGUCGAUCGAGGGAGAGCCCGACGCGAUCAAUUGGGGAAGUGCUGAGCAGGAAAUUCAUGGUGCAGGACGACGUGAUGGUGGAGAAGGAGCAUGGUGGUUGGGAAGGUGUGCAGCAGCACGUGUCGCUGAGCCAAAUGCUGAGGAAGCAGAGCAGAGUUGUGCUGAAUCCAAUUCCAAGCAAGAGGGAGGAGGAAGCUCACAGCAGCAGCAGCAGCAGCAGCAGACAUUACUAUUUUCAGAGGAAGAAGAUCGGCUUCUUUCAGGUCCCCAUUCCGACCAAGACCAAGAAGAAAGCUCAGCAGCAGCAGCAGCAGCAGCAGCAUUCCAGCAAUCCCAAUCCCAAUCCCAAUCCCAAUCCCAAUCCAGGUGAGUUCUAAUUCUAUCUCUACUUUACUGUGCUUCGUUUCAUAGUACAUAUACGUACAUAUAUAUAUAUAUAUGUAUAUUUGUGUGCUUCGUUUCUACUCUUGGCUUGGCUUGCUUUUGAUUUGAGAGUUGUUGGUAUUUCAAACAGUAAUUAAGUAGUAUAUAUGGUAUAGCAUAGUAUGAUUUGGUGGUGUAGUGUGGCUCUUAAUUUAAUGCAUCAUCUAAAACUUGUUUCA